AUGAACCCACCAAACACCUUCUAUCUCCCCCCUACCCUACACUCUCCAGGCAGCACCCUCCCCAUCCUCCAAUACCGGGACGUCCUCCCCCAUCCCCGAACAGAAGAGACAGCUACCGAAUUCCUCACGGCACACACCUGGGAGAAGAGGGGCGUCUGGGGCGCCAUCGACAUCCGCCAUUUCCACCCCAACACACACGAAUGCUACGGCGUAUUCCAGGGCUCCUCAACCUUGCUUCUGGGGGAGGCCGGCGGCGAUGGAGACACAGCUGGCCUCAAACUUACUGUCCACCCUGGAGACGUCCUUGUGCUGCCCGCUGGAACGGCGCAUAGUUCCGUGGAUAGUAAUGCCGACUAUAGAUAUGUGGGGGUAUAUCCGCGCGCGUGUCCCCGCUGGCGAAACGAAAUGGGGAACUCUCCCAUCGAUUUGAAGGCGCUGCGACGGGAAAUUGCGCAGGUUCCCUUACCAGAGGAAGACCCGGUCUACGGGGCGGAUGGGCCGUUGUGUCAGCUAUGGUCAUGGGAUUUGAUGGCCAAGCUGUGA